UGCCUUUCAUAUUAGCCGUACAUACCACUUCAUCAUCCUCCUUUGUCAACCAACUCGCGCAGAACAGCCUUAUCUGGUUCUCUCCGGCAGAGGAGCCCUUCAAUCCACUUGUACAGAGCCGGCGCCGGUGAGUUCAUUGGAGAAAUUAAGCUUCUUUUCCCUCCAAGAACUUAAAUGUUCAUUAGGGACUGGCUUGGAGGUUGAAGAUUGGAUCAAAGAUAGACCAUAUAUGUAUAUAUUUUGGUUAGUGGUUGGUUAUUAUCAUGUCAUUCUCCUUAAUCUCCCUUGCAUCCAAUUCCUCAUCUCCACACAUCAGAAAGCUUCCCAUCAUCUCCGAACUUUAUUCUUCAUCCUCUGCCUAUCCAUUCGAAUACUACUUCUAUUAUCAUUCCUCUUCAACUAAUUUUAGGGGCACGACUAUCCACUCUCAUCUUUCCACCUCCUUUCGUCCAGUUAAUUCUAUAUCCAAUUCAUCUUCAUCUGCGGAAGAUUACAGUUUGGUGGACAUUAGUAGUCCCUCUUCAUCUGCAGCUGAUGAUGAAUUAGGAGUUUCUGAUUCUGAUGAUGAGGAAGCCCAUCAAGAACAUGAAAAUCAUGUCACCCAUUCUUCUUCUUCCUCUUUGCCUGAUAGAUGGCAUGUCUUGGGACUCGGCCAAGCUAUGGUGGACUUUUCUGGUACCGUUGAUGAUGAGUUUCUAGUUAGGCUCGGUUUAAACAAGGGAACAAGGAAAAUAGUGAAUCAUGAAGAGAGGGGUAAAGUUUUACGAGCCAUGGAUGGAUGCAGCUACAAAGCUGCCGCGGGUGGUUCUUUAUCUAACACUUUAUCGGCCUUGGCAAGGCUUGGCGGUCAAAGUCAAACCCUGGGAGGACCUUCACUCAAUAUUGCCAUGGCAGGCAGUGUUGGAAGUGAUCCACUCGGUGGAUUCUAUCGAUCCAAGCUCCAGAGAGCAAAUGUGGAGUUCCUCUCAGCACCGGUGUGGAAUGGAACAACUGGAACUGUUAUUGUUCUCACAACUCCAGAUGCUCAACGGACCAUGCUCGCAUAUCAGGGCACAUCUUCACGGGUGAACUAUGAUCCUUGCUUGGCGAGUUUGAUAUCCAAAACUAGUAUAUUGAUUGUCGAAGGAUAUUUAUUCGAAUUUCCCGACACGAUUAAAACUAUUGCUAAGGCAUGUGAGGAGGCCCACAAGUGUGGUGCUCUGGUUGCCAUCACUGCUUCUGAUGUCACUUGUAUCGAGAGACAUUAUGACGAUUUCUGGGAUAUCAUGGCAAAUUAUGCUGACAUCAUCUUUGCGAAUAGUGAUGAAGCCAGAGCCUUUUGCCAUUUUCCCUCCGGCGAAAGCCCUGUUUGUGCCACGAGGUACUUGAGCCAUUUUGUUCCGUUUGUCUCGGUUACAGAUGGCCAAAAAGGUUCAUAUAUCGGUGUAAAAGGAGAAGCUGUUUAUAUCCCCCCUUCGCCAUGUGUACCGGUAGAUACUUGUGGAGCUGGCGAUGCCUAUGCAUCUGGCAUAUUGUACGGUUUAUUACGUGGAGUUUCUGAUUUGAGAGGUAUGGGCAGUUUAGCUUCUAAAGUUGCAUCUAUAGUUGUUUCGCAUCAAGGGACUCGGUUGAGAGUACAAGAUGUUGUUGAGUUAGCCGAGUUAUUCGCAUUCCAUCAUGAAAGUUCCACGCAUUGAAUUUGUUUGUGGAUAGCUUGUAAUGUAGCUUCUCACAUGAAAGCUUUUGGAAAGAAGAAAAGAAGAUCUAAUUGCCAAAGUUGCAUGUAGCUUCACAUUGAAUUUGUUUGUGGAUACUUCAAUUGUAGUUAUUGAAUUGUGUAUACCAUGACUAGUUGUAGUUGGUUCUGUGUAUUCCGAUUGAAGAUAUGGUCGUUAUGUAUUGUGUAUACCAACGAAAGGAUCAUAUUUCAUGGAAGAAUGUUGAUAAUGAAGAUGUGUAUUUCUCUACUAUGUGAUUUGCAUGGAUGUUUUUUCUUUCACUU